ACCGAGGCCGGGCGCUGGCGGGGAGCCGCGCCGCGGGGCUGGAAACUUUCCCGGCAGGUCUCUUUCUAGGUUUCUGUGGUCAGCUUGUCCAGAGGAGCUUUCUGGGUUCCCUCCCGAGUGAGACCGCCUCUCUCUGUUUUGCAAGCACGUGGAGUCUGGGGUGAGACAAGGAGCAAAAGAGUGUUGAAAAUGUUAAAAGCUGUGCUGAAGAAGAGCCGAGAGGGAGGAAAGGGGAGCAGGAAGGAAACAGGAGGUGACUUUGGUCCAGAGACUUCCCCUCAAGUCCUACCCUCUGGCCAUGGUGGCGACUUUUCUGUGAGUAGCCUUCCUGUAGCAGAGGACACCUACAGGGUGAGCUUGGCCAAAGGGGUCUCCAUGUCUUUGCCUUCAUCACCUCUGCUGCCUCGACAGUCUCACUCGGUGCAAUCAAGAUCAAAUAAAAAAUCUCCAGGUCCCGUCAGGAAGCCCAAGUAUGUGGAAAGCCCCAGAGUGCCUGGAGACGGAGUUAUAAUCCCGUUCAGAGAAGUGUCCAAGGCAGCAGAGCCCAAUGAGAAUGAAGCAAAGGCCGAUAAUGAACCGAGCUGUUCUCCGGCAGCUCAAGAACUGUUGACAAGGCUGGGAUUUUUACUGGGAGAAGGGAUCCCAAGUGCCACACACAUAACCAUUGAAGAAAACAAUGAGACCAUGUGCACAGCUCUGAGCCAAGGCAUCAGUCCUUGCUCCACACUAACAAGCAGCACCGCAUCUCCUAGCACCGAUAGCCCCUGCUCAACCUUGAAUAGCUGUGUCAGCAAGACGGCAGCCAACAAAAGUCCCUGUGAGACCAUUAGCAGCCCUAGUUCCACCCUGGAAAGCAAGGACAGUGGAAUUAUAGCCACAAUUACAAGUUCAUCCGAAAAUGAUGACCGGAGUGGCUCCAGUUUGGAAUGGAAUAAGGACGGAAGCCUAAGGUUAGGGGUACAGAAAGGAGUGCUUCAUGAUCGCAGGGCAGAUAAUUGCUCCCCAGUGGCAGAAGAGGAGCCCCCUGGGUCAGCGGAGAGCGUGCUGCCCAAAACUGAAGCCUCAGUUGGAGAUGGUCCGGUCCCUUAUUCUCAGAGCUCCAACUCGCUAGUAAUGCCACGGCCCAACUCAGUUGCAGCGACAAGCUCAACCAAAUUGGAAGAUCUGAGUUAUUUAGACGGGCAGAGAAAUGCCCCUCUUCGAACAUCAAUUAGAUUGCCGUGGCACAAUACAGCCGGAGGUAGGGCACAGGAAGUUAAAGCACGAUUUGCUCCCUACAAGCCACAGGACAUUUUGUUGAAACCCCUGCUGUUUGAAGUACCAAGCAUAACAACAGACUCUGUGUUUGUGGGAAGGGAUUGGCUCUUUCACCAGAUAGAAGAAAACUUGAGGAACAGAGAACUGACCGAAAACAGAGGAGCCGUGGUUGUUGGAAACGUGGGCUUUGGGAAGACAGCAAUCAUUUCUAAGUUGGUGGCACUUAGCUGCCACGGAAGCCGCAUGAGGCAGAUUGCUUCCAGCAGCCCCAGUUCACCACCUAAAACUUCAGAUUCCUCCCAGGAUCUUCCUUUCACCCCAUUACUUUCACCGAGUUCUUCUGCAGGUGUUACCAACACAGCCAAAACACCCCCUGGAUCUGGGUCUGAUAGUUCUGAGAACCAGAGGCCAAGAGAGGAUGCAGUGAAAUACCUUGCUUCUAAGGUCGUGGCCUACCACUACUGCCAAGCUGAUAACACAUACACGUGCCUGGUGCCCGAGUUUGUGCACAGCAUUGCAGCUCUGCUCUGCCGGUCCCACCAGCUGGCUGCCUACAGGGACCUACUGAUAAAGGAACCCCAGCUACAGAGCAUGCUGAGCCUCAGGUCCUGUGUGCAGGACCCGGUGGCUGCCUUCAGGAGGGGCGUGCUGGAACCACUCACCAGCCUAAGAAAUGAGCAGAAAAUUCCUGAAGAAGAAUACAUUAUUUUGAUAGAUGGCUUAAACGAAGCUGAGUUUCAUAAACCUGACUAUGGAGAUACGCUUUCCUCAUUUAUUACCAAAAUUAUUUCUAAAUUUCCUGCCUGGCUGAAGUUGAUUGUGACUGUAAGAGCAAAUUUUCAGGAAAUUGUAAGCACGCUGCCUUUCGUCAAGCUUUCCUUAGAUGACUUCCCGGACAACAAAGACAUUCACAGUGACCUGCAUGCCUACGUCCAGCACAGGGUUCACAGCAGCCAGGACAUCCUCAGCAACAUCUCCCUGAACGGCAAGGCCGACGCUGCCCUGAUCGGGAAAGUGAGCAGCCACCUGGUGCUGCGGAGCCUCGGCUCCUACCUGUACCUCAAACUCACCCUGGACCUCUUCCAAAGGGGACACUUGGUCAUCAAAAGUGCUAGCUACAAGGUGGUGCCUGUGUCUUUGUCCGAGCUCUAUCUGCUGCAGUGCAACAUGAAGUUCAUGACCCAGUCCGCCUUCGAAAGAGCGCUGCCGAUUCUAAACGUGGCCCUGGCUUCCCUCCACCCCAUGACGGACGAGCAGAUCUUCCAGGCUAUUAAUGCGGGCCACAUCCAAGGGGAGCAGGGAUGGGAGGACUUCCAGCAGAGGAUGGAGGCUCUCUCCUGCUUCCUCAUUAAGAGGCGAGACAAAACCCGCAUGUUUUGCCACCCGUCCUUCAGGGAGUGGCUUGUGUGGAGAGCAGACGGUGAAAACACAGCCUUCCUGUGUGAGCCCAGGAAUGGGCACGCUCUCCUGGCAUUCAUGUUCUCUCGACAAGAGGGCAAGCUGAACCGCCAGCAGACCAUGGAGCUUGGCCAUCACAUACUGAAGGCGCACAUCUUCAAGGGCCUCAGUAAGAAGACGGGAAUCUCUUCGAGCCACCUCCAAGCCCUGUGGAUCGGGUACAGCACCGAGGGGCUGUCUGCUGCCCUCGCCUCUCUCAGGAACCUCUACACUCCUAACGUGAAGGUGAGCCGUCUCCUGAUUUUGGGAGGGGCCAACGUGAACUACAGGACGGAAGUGUUAAAUAAUGCCCCGAUCCUGUGCGUCCAGUCUCACCUCGGCCAUGAGGAAGUGGUCACUCUGCUCCUGGAAUUCGGCGCCUGCCUGGAGGGAAUGUCCGAGAAUGGCAUGACCGCCCUCUGCUAUGCUGCAGCUGCUGGCCAUAUGAAGCUAGUGUGUCUGCUGGCCAAGAAGGGGGCCAGGGUGGACCACUUGGAUAAGAAAGGCCAGUGUGCGCUAGUGCACAGCGCACUGAGGGGGCACGUCGACAUCCUCCGGUACCUGCUGACCUGUGAGUGGUCGGCAGGCCCUCUGCAGCCGGGUGCGCUGAGGAAGAGCCAGGCCCUGCAGCAGGCACUGACGGCGGCCGCCAGCAUGGGCCACAGCUCGGUGGUCCAGUGCUUGCUGGGGCUGGAGAAGGAACACGAAAUAGAUGUCAAUGGCACUGACGCGCUGUGGGGAGAAACAGCCCUGACAGCCGCUGCCGGAAGAGGCAAGCUGGAGGUGUGCGAGCUGCUGCUGGAGCACGGAGCCGCUGUGUCCCGGACCAACAGGAGAGGGGUCCCACCUCUGUUCUGUGCAGCACGCCAGGGGCAUUGGCAGAUCGUUAGAUUGCUUUUGGACCGCGGCUGUGAUGUGAGCCUAAGUGACAAGCAGGGCCGGACGCCCCUCAUGGUGGCCGCUUGUGAAGGACACUUGAGCACCGUGGAAUUCCUCCUUUCCAAAGGUGCUGCCCUUUCUUCUCUGGACAAAGAAGGUCUUUCGGCCUUAAGCUGGGCUUGUCUGAAAGGUCACAGAGCGGUGGUCCGGUUUCUGGUUGAGGAGGGAGCCGAGAUAGACCAGACGGACAAGAAUGGCCGCACACCCUUGGACCUGGCCGCCUUCUACGGUGACGCAGAGACCGUCCUGUAUCUGGUUGAGAAGGGAGCCGUGAUCGAGCACGUGGACCACAGCGGCAUGCGCCCCUUGGACAGAGCCAUUGGUUGUCGAAACACAUCUGUAGUGGUUACACUGCUGAGAAAAGGAGCCAAAUUAGAAAUUGAUGGAGGAAGGAAACAUGAUGUACAAAAAGGGGAAGAUGAAAGAGGCGGCCCAGAGGUACCAGUACGCCUUAAGGAAGUUUCCUCGAGAAGGAUUCGGAGAGGACAUGCGACCGUUCAACGAACUCAGAGUUUCCCUCUAUCUCAACUUGUCUCGCUGCCGGAGAAAAACAAACGACUUCGGCAUGGCCGAAGAGUUUGCUUCCAAGGCCCUCGAGUUGAAGCCGCAGUCCUACGAAGCCUUCUACGCCAGGGCGAGGGCCAAGAGAAACAGCAGGCAGUUCGCGGCGGCGCUGGCGGACCUGCGGGAGGCCGGGAGGCUGUGCCCCGCCAACCAGGAGGUGCGGCGGCUGCUGGCGCGCGUGGAGGAGGAGUGCAGGCAGCUGCACCGGGGCCCGCCGCACAGGCCGCAGGGCGCGCCCGCCGCUGCCCCCGGGUCGGACGAGGACGAGGCCGAGGACGAGGACGAGGCGGCCGGCGGGCCCGCGGCCCUGGACCUGGAGGACGCGGACGCGGAGGCCGCGUGGGCCCCGGGGGCGGCCCCGCCCUUGGCGCCCAGGCCCCAGGCGCCGCCGCGCGGCCCGUCGCCCUACAUCCGGAACCUGCAGGAGGGGCUGCAGCGCAGGGUCAGGCCCGCGUCCCCGCGCGGCCGGCAGGGAGGCGGGCGGGCCCCGCGGGAGGCCGUGGCGCCGCCGGGGCUGGUGCCGCCGGCCGCCCGCCAGGCGCAGAUCGUCAGGACCGGGCCGCACGCGGGCGCCAGGGCGCAGGCGGGCACACAGCACGCUCCCGCCGGCAGCGGCCCGGGCCACGGCCCCGCGGGGGCUGCCGAGCGGCUCCUGCCGCCCGCGCCCGCCACCCCGGGGAGCCACGCGGCCUCGGUCGCCAGCUCGGGCUCCUCCGGCUCUCCGUCCGGCAGCGUCAAGAUGUGCGGCUCCACCAGCAGCUUGGCCUCCAGCGGCGGCCUCCCCGACGGCCCCGAGGCCCGGGUCCGAGAGCCUGCGGCCGGCCCCCCGCCCCCCGCGCCCUUGCCCGCGCCCUUGCCCGCGCCCUUGCCCGCCGAGCCCCGGCCGCGCAGCACGCCGUUCAUGGGCGUCACGGACAAGACGGCGAGGUCGCAGCCCCAGGGCCACCCCGCGCCGCGCGCCCGGGCCCUGCCCGACGGGCUCCUGGCCCUCGCGGCCUCCGCCGCCGGCCUGCAGGCCCUGAGCGCCGGCCCCCCGGGCGGCGGCGUCCGCGGCUUGGCGCAGGGCCGGGAGCCGGAGGAGCAGCCCCGCCCGGGGCCGGCGCGCCGCGCGGACAGCCGGGCCCCCAAGGCGGCCCCCGCCCCGUGCCAGGAAGGCGCCUGCGCGCAGCCGCGCGUCGGCAGCGAGGCCCGCAGGAGCCACCUCCCCUCGGCGAAGCCCAAGCGGUCGUUCAUAGAGUCCAACGUGUGAGCCGGCCGCGCGGGCUGGGCUCCCUGUGGCGGCUCAAAGUCUUCAUGAGAGAGACGACCUCUCAGCCAUGGUUUUUUUUUUUUUUUUUUUUUUCCCCUGGGGGGGGGGCGUGGAUCAGAUGUCCUGGAUCUGUCUAAAAUGUGGAAUAAAAUUUCUCUGACAAAGAGUCACCACGAAUAACGCCGAGUAGAAUUAAAAGCUGUCGUCAGUCCUGCCUGCGGAGCCAGACAUUAAGACCGCCGCCAAGACGCGAGCUCCCGCUUCUCUGUCCCGAGCUGGUUUGGUCCCGUCCCGUCCCCGCCGCCCGCCGCCGCCGCCGCCGCCGCCGCCGCCGCCAGCCUUUGCCGUGCGGUAGGAGCGUGAUACUCCCUAGAGGACGGGCGGGCGGGCCUGCCCCGUGACGGGCCUCACUCCCGGCGCGGCCUCCGGAUGAUGGACCUUGGAGUAGACGGAACUUCCAAGUCUCCGUUCCAUUGAGUCAAAUCCCAAUUUUUAUACAUAAAUAUAUAUAAAAGUUUCUAGCUGAAUGUGUGACUGUAAAGUUAUAUAGGUGAUUUUUUUUUCGUUUCUUUUGUUUUGUUUGAGCAGAAGACGAGGACAUCCAAAUAUUGUUCCCUUUGUAGUAGUUUCCCUAAGAGGAUUAAACGUUUAGUUCCAUGUUAUGGUUCUUCUCAAAGAUAUUUUUAUAGCGCCUUUUUUGGAACUAUAUUCCCACUUCAUGGUGUUUUUAAUGUUUGGAAACCGUGUAAGCCGUUUGGGAUCAUGAUUGAUGGUCAGGUUGGAUUUAGGCUAAAACACUAAGAACGCCGCACUCUUUCAAAUAAGCUCUCAACUGGUUCCCAAACUGCUUUUACCAAUGGUGUCGCACUCCCGGAACAAGCGUUCCAAGGUCCUUUAAGGACAGUAUUUGAUUUGGACAGUUAAGGUAUGGUUGGUUGUUGCUUUUGUUUCAUUACACAAUCAUUACUUUAUAGUCACGUGUUGUACAUAUUAAAUAGCCAACUUGCAUUCAGACUUUGUAAAUAUGACUCUUUCAGAUACUUAAUCAUAAAAAAAAGCUCAUGUAUUUGCAUGUUCUUUGUAAGCUUCAUUCAUGCUGGUUAUUGCACUGAACGAUGUAUUAUUACGGCAUGUUAACAGUAUACCAGUAACAGCACUUUAUCUCGUUUAUAUGAACACCUUUGAGGUGCUACUUAAGUCCAAACUGAUGUAUUAUUCAUCUGUAAAGAUAAGGUACAGGAAUGAACCUUGGUUUAAAGGUAUUUUUAUAUGAAAAUGGUGCGCUAUUGGAGGAUGUUAAAAUGCUAAAUUGAGAGAGGUGGGAGUAUAGUUGUUUUAUAUGUUGGGAUGUGAAAUUUAUUUUCUAGAAUUGGGGAGAAGGAAGUUCUAUAUUUACAGAAUGUUUUAAAAACGAAUAGUUGUCAUGAAGUUCUUGUAAGCAUCAUCAUGGUUUUGUACGAAUAGGAAAUCUGGUGUCAUUCUUCAACCUUUGUUUCUGAGUGUGUACAGCAUACUUUGUACAGCUUUAUCUUUUUUUUUUUUUUUAGGCUUUCUGUGAGUUUUGCUAGAAGUACUAUGGCUUAUUUAUUGUUCAUUGUUUUCUUUAAUAUUUGUGAAAGUCUUACUCUUUUGUUAUGUAGUUUUGUUUCUGCACAACUACUGUACUUUUCCAUAUGGAAUAAAGAAU